GAGAGAGAGAGAGAGAGAGAGAGAAGGGUAUAGGUACUUUAUGUUGUACCAGAUUUGGCCAUACGAUCCCCUUCGUAUGUGAUUGGCAAAAGCCAAUGGAGCAUCAGCCGCAGUAUUCUAUCAGCAGUAUGGACAGACUGCGUACUCUCCUGUAUGUCUUCCACCCACUUCUGCGUCGCAUUCAAUGCCGCAAGUCGAUGAAGGCUCGGGAAACAUGUUACCACCACCACCUGCACGGGGUGCUUACUGCCACAGCCGGAAGCUUUGCAGGACUAUUCAUGGCAUUGACCUGUUUCUUACUGCAAGUGGACGAUCGCCUCUCUCUCUCUCAUGGGGCGGACACAUCCGAGCUUCUGCCCUGGAGAAACUCAGGCUAAUCUCGUGACAAUGUGUGUGCUUUGUGCCCAUUUUGAUCCGUAGGAACAAUACACCAAACAUGACAGAGACUGAGUCAAAGAUGGACCCAAAGAGACGAGCUGACAACACCGCUUCUGUGCAAUCUCUACACUACCUGUCAGGGACUCAAUAAUACUGUGUCUCCACGGCAACGAUCUUUUGGGGACAAAGAACACAUGGGAUCGCUAUCAGCAAAGGGGACUGUAACGCCCAGACUACGCACCGCUUCGCACCUUUGGCCAUGGCCAGACGGUGCUUUUGGCCAUAUGAUGCUGCUCGGUCCGGUGGGGACAAAGCAGUCGUUCAGAUUGCUUCGAGGAAAAGCAAGGGAGAUUCUGGUCAUUGCAGCGGUGGCCACAAGGUGAGCGAGGGCCAAAACCCUCAUCUUUGGGAUAAGUAAUCAACUAUUUGGUUCCUUGUUAGAGAGGCUGGACAACAAGAGGGCUCGAGCAUAGCGUGGAGAAGAGAGACAAACAUUAUAUAUGCUUGCCACAACAUUUCUUUUCCCCUUUUCUUUUCCAUCCGCCUUUAUUCAGCAACCGCAAAUUAUUUGUCGCCAAAUGCCAAUUUUUCUCUCAGCAGAAGAGCUGAAGCGAGCGGCUUCUCCAGUGCCGUGGAGUGUGUAGCCUCCGCCGUAGCUCUUCCUCAACCCCGGUCGCCGCCAGCGGCAGGGAACUCCUUUGUCUCUUGAUCGCUCGAGGACUGCUUUUAGGCGAAGCUUCUGGAAUCUAUGGGUCAAGAUGUAGUUCUGGAAUUUGACAAUCAUUUUCAAGGAAGAUUGGGGCAUAAAAUUGUUAGUGCCUGUAGUCCUAGCAGUAGAAAGGUACAAGAGAGAUGUAGAAAAGGACAGCCUGCAAACACAAUCAACUACUUGAAGAAUUUGGAUGGUGAUUUUAGAGAACUUAGCCAUAGAUAUUCAUCAAAUCUCCAUUAUGAAAUUAUGCACUCCACAAGUCUUGGUUGCAACGAUGAGAAUGAAGUGCUAAAAAGGGGAUCUAUGUAUCAGAGCUCUAAAGAAGUCAGGAGAAUGAGAAAACUACGAGAGCGAAGGAGGGAAGUAGAAUCUAGGUGUACUGAUGAUGAUUUUAUUUCAUUUGAGAUUGUUGAUCAUUUGGCUCAGCAUGGCAUAAACAAAUCCAAUCAGUCACCACAUCAGAAGUUUUUGCCUCCUGUGUGUUCAAGUGCUGAUUCAAAACCUACAUCUGCUGACACACUUAACUCAACUGCCAUGAGCUCUAUGGAGUUUCUGGAUCUUUCGUUCCGUGAUCUUCCUGAUAAGCCUUUGCAUACCAAUAACUUGUGCUCCAAUUUUGGACCAGCAAAAGGUAACUUAGUAGAUGAUCUCUUGGAGAUCUGCCUACACUCUGUCAAUACAAGAACUCACUGUACAGAAGCAACUUCUGAGUUGCUAGAAGUUGGACCUCUCAAGGAGCAAGAAUCUGGUUGCCACGAGAAGUUUGGUCCUGAAAGUCAUGGGAAAAUCAUUUGUGAAAGAAAUUCACUAAACAUUCUUCCAAAAAGCUUUUCAGAAAAGACAAAAAUGUCCCACACACUUAUGCAGUUGGAAUAUGGUCUAGCUGAAGCCAGGGAUUCGAAAAAUAUGUUUAGCCCACUGAAGAAAAUGUUUGAUCCUUUGAUAAAAUCCAAAUCUCUCCGUGAUUCACCGCUCACAGGAACACAAAGAUCUGGGAGCAAAGUUAUUGAUUCCACAAGCAUUACGAGUAACGGAGUGUUUGAGGAUAUGGAGUGUGUGACAGGAGAGAUCUUGACUGCUUCUAUGUCGCCUGCUCAUCUACAUGGAAUUCUUAAACUUGAUAUAGAGAAUCAGAACCCAUCAUUUGAGUUCUCUCUACAAGAUCCAGAAGACACACUAUCUGCAAAAACAUGGAAAACGGAUAGUGCAUUUAACUGGGUUUACACCUUCCAUAGUUCUAGAAAAAAGAAUACUAACUAUGGGACUAAAGACAAACAUGGACAGUCGCCUCCAUUAGUUGGGCAGAUGCAGGUUUCUUGUUAUCUAUGCUCAGAAGUGAAAGAUAAUGGAUCUUUAGUUAAUUCGACAGUUGCAGAGUUUGUCUUAUAUGACAUUGCACGAGCAAGAAGACACUUCGUUGUCGAAGAAAGAUCCAAGUGCUCUUCGGAUUCCAUUCAACCUGUUACAAGUAAUGCUAUGGGAGGCCUGGUUGCAGAGGGACCUUAUGAGAGAAAUAAUUCAGUGGAGCACCCAGAUUCUUCUAGACAUGGAUUUGGUAGUUCUGACUCAAGACCUUCGACUUCCUACCCCUGGACACCAAAAGAUUUGCAUCCGCGACAUGAGAUUGCGGCUAUUGUAACCCAAAUUCCUUUCAGCAAAAAGGAUAGUCUGAAAGAUAUGAAAGUGUCCAGGCCAAAGGAAAGCCAAAAUUUAUCAAGAUCUCCUACAAUUGAUCAGGGAAGGGAGAGAAAGAGCAGCUCGAAUCCUGCAAUGGUAAAGGUUGUGACUCCAAGUGGAGCUCAUGGGUUGCCAGAUACUGUUGAAGGUGGCCCAUCUUCACUUCUAGAUAGAUGGAGGUUUGGUGGCGGCUGUGAUUGUGGUGGCUGGGACAUGGCCUGCCCAAUUGUUGUAUUUGACAAUUCCCAUGCUGACGAUCGGAUAGAUCAUUCAACAUGCGAAAUUGAAAAGUCCACGUUUCUUUUUGUUCAGGGAAAGAAGGAAAAGUUACCUGCACUAUCAAUAUCGGCUGAUGGCAAAGGACUUUAUUCAGUUGAUUUCCAUGCACAACUCUCAGCUCUACAGGCAUUUUCGAUAUGCAUUGCCAUCCUGCAUGGUUCUGAAGUUUCUUCGGCUGUUAUCCAGGAGAAGAUCAGACAGAGGUUUUACUCUAAUUCAUUAAAAUUACUCCUUGAGGAAGAAGUGCGGCAGUUGAUUGAAGCAGUUGCAACUGAAGAACAAAUAAAAGCGAAAAAGGGAACAGAGCAGAUGCCUCCCUCUUUUUUCCUAGACCCGCCCUUUUCUCCAAUGGGCAGGGUUUAG